AUGGAGGGUAAUAAGAAUAAUAGGAUUAUUGUUUUUGGUGGAACAGGUUACAUAGGAAAGUAUGUGGUGAAAUCAAGCAUCUCUUUAGGUUAUCCUACUUUUGUAUACACUCGACCUAUAACCUCACAAACUUCUCCCUCUAAGAAACAACUUUGCCAGGAAUUCAAAUCUAUAGGAGUAACAUUAGUCGAGGGAAAUCUUGAGCAUAAGCAUCUUGUAGAAGUGAUAAAACAAGUUGACAUUGUUAUAUGUACAUUUGGAUACCCUCAAGUUUUGGAGCAACUUAGAAUUAUUGAUGCUAUCAAAGUUGCUGGUAAUAUCAAGAGAUUCCUUCCAUCGGAGUUUGGCGUAGAAGAGGAUAGAGUAAAUCCUCUACCUCCUUUUCAAGCUUUUCUUGAUAAGAAAAGAAAAAUUAGAAGAGAAAUUGAAGCAGCUAAUAUUCCUUAUACUUAUAUUUCUGCAAGCUUUUGUGGUGCAUAUUUUGUUAAUUUCUUGCUUCGUCCCUAUGAGAAAAAGAAUGAAAUUGUUGUAUAUGGCAAUGGUGAAAUCAAAGGAGUACUAAACUAUGAAGAAGAUAUUGGUAUCUACACUAUUAAAGUUGCAAAUGAUCCAAGAACAUACAAUCGCAUUGUUACUUAUCGACCUUCGAAAAAUAUCAUAUCACAAAAUGAAUUGAUAUCUUUAUGGGAGGAGAAGACUAAUCAGAAAUUUUCAAAAAUUAUUAUUUCCGAGAAAGAGAUUGUUAAGUUAUCACAAACUUUACCUCCUCCACAAGAUAUACCAAUAUCAAUAAUUCAUAGUGCAUAUGUUAGAGGGGACCAUGUGUUUGAACUAAGAGAAGAUGAUCUUGAAGCUUCACAACUAUAUCCUGAACAUAACUACACAUCCAUUGAUCAACUUCUUGACAUAUUUCUUGUUAACCCUCCACCUCCUGCAUCUGCUGCUUUUGGAUGA